AUGGUCCACGAUAUCUUGAAACAGCUUGAAGAGCUGUUCAAGUGUGAACAACGAGGUUCUCUGAACUGGAUGCAAAGGUGUGAUAUCAUUCUAGGCACCGUGAGGGGCCUCUCGUAUCUGCACGUGGAGUUUCAUGUAUGCAUCAUUCAUCGAGAUAUAAAGUCGAGUAACACCCUUUUGGACGAUGAUUUCCAGCCUAAAAUAGCUGAUUUCUGGCUAGCAAGACUUCUUCCUAAGGACAAGAGCCAUUUGAGCACCAAAUUUGCUGGGACCUUCUGUCAAAGAAGCCAUGAGACCACGAGCGAUUCUGAUGCCUGUCUCCUCAAAAAGGCAUGGACAUUGUACGAGAAUAAAAUGCAGCACCGAUUAGUGGAGGAAAGCCUGGAUCGGAAUGAAUAUGAAGAAGAAGAAGCGAAAAGAAUGGUGGAAAAUAGGGUUGAUGUGCACACAAUCAGCAGCGGCGUUGAGGCCAAGCAUUUCCCAAGUGGUAGUGUUGCUGAAGAGCAAAGGGUCAAUGGAAAGCAGACCACUCACAAGGCCUACCAUCAUUGA